UCUUGCCUUAGUUGGUCUUUGGAAGUGAGCAAGGAACUGUGUGAAUCGUACUCUGCUGCUGCUACUUCUGCUGGACAAGGAAGGAAGAAGAAAGAGAAUUACAAAUUCAGAACGAUACAUACGAUUCCCAGUAGCUCAAUAAUACUCGUUGUUGUUGAUUUGAAACGAAUUCCAGGUUCUUGUAUAAGAUUGUGAAUAGAGAUUUUCUCAUUAUAAAAUAAAAUCUCUUAGGAUUGAGAAUUACCUUUGGAUUGUCGAAUAGAUGAAAAUCAUAAAUUAUUAUUAGCUAUAGUGCAUUAUUGUGAUUGCAAAGUAAGAAUCACGCUUCUUCUUUGGAAGAGGUGGAGGGCAGCGAGAGGGAGAAAGUCAAAUUUAAUUUUCUUUUCACCCUCCCAAGGCGUGAAUGAAAGUCGACAGCAGACAGGCUUUUAGUAAUUUUCACAUUUGCUUUCUCGAAAGCGGAAUUCCGAUGGGAGUCAGUUAGAAGAAAGUCACAGAACUUGGAGAAUGUAGCAGGUAGUGGUAAUUAUUAUAAAGUAAAAAAAGUCAAAGGUUCCCUACCUACAAUCCAAUCCAGAACCAAACACUACCAAAAGCUUCAGCCAAUACCCGAAGGACUACUCUUAGACCGAAUUUCUUUUUCGUGCUUGUGGGUCCUGACUUGAAAUCUUCUUGGAUUGUGGUAUUAAGUAAAACGUUAUAAAACGGAUCGUUAGUUCUCUUUCAUCAAGACUUUGUUUUUUCCAACUCUUUUUACCGUUGACCGGUUUGGUGGUUGUUCAAAUGUGGUGAAGAAAUUGGUGGAUGGAUAAAUUGUGUAGUAACUUGCUCUCUGAACUCUGGAUGAAUUGUUGCAGCCUACCUACAAAAACUUCUGCUGAGAGCGUGUUAAUAAUUUAGACUGCAGUUGUGUAGUUUACUUUUGGAGGUUGGCUACUUGUCCUCCUUUGGUUGAGAGAGGGUGUGUCGUAUUUCUGUGAAGAAAAAGGAAACUCUUACUUCGCCAUAAGUGCAUUUAAAUGUGUGCAGACGUUGCAAAUUCAAUCGCCAAACUGUGGGGUCCUGCUUUUUUGUUCCCCGCGUCGCAAGGAGUCCAGGGUCUGUACUACCCGGCUCACACAGUUCAGACGACCGGGGGGAACAUGCCAUUUCCCGGAGGAUGUACAAGCGGACUGCAGAACGGGGACACAGUUGGUAUUCCACCACUGCAGAUGAAAGACAAAGAUUCUGGACAAACCUUUUCAUCUCCGGUGGUUGGCGUGAGCGUUGGUAGUCAAGCGGUGGAACAACAAACUCAAACUGAACCAGAGUCGGAUCCGAGUGGAACUUGUUCCAUGGUAAUGGUCUCAUCGGGAACGUCAUGCAUUGGAGUAAGUCAAGGAACUUCGACCACUUGCACUCAGAUUUCAAACGACUCAUCCGGUUCCGGAGGAAAACAUCAACCGAAAAGGCUCCACGUCUCAAAUAUUCCCUUUAGAUUCCGUGAUCCAGAUCUUAGGGCCAUGUUUGGGCCAUUUGGACCAAUUCUCGACGUGGAGAUCAUAUUUAACGAAAGAGGGUCUAAGGGAUUUGGUUUCGUAACGUUCGCUGCUGCUGCUGAUGCGGACCGAGCACGCGAAAAAUUACAUGGCACCGUGGUAGAAGGGAGAAAAAUUGAGGUCAACAAUGCCACGGCACGAGUACAGACGAAGAAGCCAUUAGCAGCUGGAAUUGCGAACGUUGUGGGAGCGAUGCGUGGAGCCGCCAUGUUACAACGGGGUCUGAGUCACCGACUUGCAGGGGUCGGCCCUGCCGGUCACCAAUCUCAAUUGGUUGGCGCUAAUAGUUCUGCAGCCGCGAUCGCGGCGGCAGCUUUGGCCCGUCAGUCUUCACUCAAUCUCAAUGCUGCUGCAGCGGGGUUGCAUGGACUUGCUCCCGGAGUCUACUAUGAUCCUUUCUUAGCCAGUGCAGCUGCCGAUCCACGAGUUCAGGCGACUUAUGCCGCUGCAGCGUCGUAUUCUGCGGCCGCUGCGGCAAGGGCAGCAUAUGGCGCUGCUGCGCCUCAACCUGGUAGCGUUGCUGGGUUCCUUCCGGCGGGGUUAUUGCUCGACAGAUAUGGGAGGGAUUUUCCGGAAACCUAUCUGAGUCACAACAUUGGUCCAGUGACUGGUUACGGGACGGCGGUGUACCGGAGUGGUUACAAUAGAUUUGCACCAUACUAAAGACGGACUUUCUUUCGAAUAUUCUCAUCACUUCACGACUUCAGCUUCCAAAUAUUUCUGGAUAUUAAUUGACAUAGUCAGUUUUUUGUGUUUAAUAAUUUCUGUUCGAACUAUGUUUCGAAUUAUUAGAGUUGUAAUUUUUUCACUUAUUUGUUCUGUUAGAAUAUGUCUGACUAUUUAUUUGACAUGUUAAUUUCAAUAAUUUUUGACGAAGACGCAUUUGUUUAUUAUUAAUGCUGGUGGGUAAAAAAAGAAUACUCGAUUCGUACCUAAUAAUACUUCACACAAUGUGAAGAGGAGGAAGAAUAGUUUGUCGCCAUUACGAUGCGAAACGAAAAAGAAGACGAACAUUUAUUAGAUUUAAAACAAUUAGGAGUUAAUAUUAUAACCUGUAAAAGUAAAUCCACUCGACUGUUCUUUUAGUGUUCCUAUAUAUAUACUUAUUUCCGUGAAAAGUAAGUCAGUUUAAAAAUUGUGUUAUUUUGUUAUUCUUAUACGUCUCAGAUUUAUUCAUACGACACACACGUGGGGGCAACUAUUACCACCUCUUAUUAGUUCAUGCAUAUUAUUAUAUAGAGAUUUUGAAAAAUAUUUCACUAUUCAUAUUAAAAAGCACUGCUCAAACAAAGGUUGAAAAUAAUUCGUCAACGUUAAAAUGUUAAGAAUUGAGAUUAAGCCAAGCCAAGCCACAAUUCGCAUGUUUUUGAUACAUUAUACAGUUUACAAAUGAUUAGGGAAGAGAGAUUCGUGUUAACACAUGUAAUAUGUAAUGUUGUGCAUUUGUAUAACUCAAUAUACUUUACUUUUUUAUAAAAGUCGAUUCAAACUAUUGUAGAUCUGCCAAUAUUGAUCUGAUAUACGAGACAGAUAGAUCUGCUGACACUGUCUCAUGAAAUUAUUACAGAUACACCAACAGGCUAAAAUGCCAUAUUUAUUUAUUACAGAGGGGUAUAUGAAAUCUGUUCAUUUAAUUUAUUUUGAUUAAAAUACUUCUUCAAUUCCUUUUUCAUUCUGAUGAAAUUGUUAUACGUUUGCUUAUGAGAGCCUCUUAAUAUCCCUUGUAAAUCUUUAAGAAUUUUGUUUAGUUUUUCCAAUAUGUAUAGGCUUGCGCAAUACAUUUUCCCAACCGUGUGUGUACCAGAGCAAUUAAAUUGUAGGUAGGGAAUAGUGAUUGGUAAAAGUACGAUGAUUAUAAUAAUGAUCUGAUAAUGAUUACUAAGCGAUACUGCUGAACUUACUGCGAAUUAUUGUUCGAUUCAUUAUUUAUGUGCCAACUAAAUACUAACUAAUGUAUAUUAUCGAUCUACUUACAUACAUCGCUCCAGAUUAAAGAGCACCGAUUAUGAUAUUCAUACGCGAUAUGUAAUAAGAAUACUACUCAUUAGAGGUAAUUAUCAUGUAAGGUUUGCAUUAUACAUAUGUCGAGUCUAAAAAAGAGGAAAAGUGAAAACUUGUACAUUUUGACCUAUUAGAUGAAAAGUUCUUGUUAUUGUUACUAGUUGUGCAGGCUAAUUGUUAGUAUAAAAGCAGAAAAGGUGAUUCACGAAUGAUUAUGUGAAACAGAAAUGCAACACAAUUCUGGAAAGUGAUAGUAAAAAAAGAACCCACUUGCCAUAUUAGGAAUAAGUUUGUUUGACACACAUAAAUACAAAUUAAAACAAGUUAUAAAAAUAAUAACGGUAGCAUAAUAAUUUGCAAAAUUUUAAAAAACGUUAAAUAUUUAGUACGCUUUCAAAUAUAGAUUGGAUCAUGUAAAGAAUAAGGGAAAAAAUAUUAUUUUGGCACAAAAUCAAUCUCUCGUCUUUCCUUGUAUGUAUUUUUCUCUUCCAUAAUUCGGCACAUUCCAAGUCAUUGUCUCAUUAAUGUGUGCGUUGUGCCCUCAAAAUUACCAAUCUCUACAUAAAUAUGCAAUUUCUAUCUAUUUACUUACCAUUUAUUAAGAAAGUGCUUGCAAAUUGAAUUUUUAUUGACUGUAGUAAAAGGCUUGUCAAGUUAGUCACUAGAUUAAAAUAUCUAGCCAAUAAUAUAAAUGAUUAUGAUGAUGAUAUUUUGAUAGUAUUUUGAUCAAAGCAACGAAAAGAAGCACGUUAUUAUUAUGCAUAAUGACAUGAUGUCGACAUUUGCCAUUUUGCUUAAAUACGUUUCUUGCAUUUUCCUCUUUUUUUGAACACUAAACAAAAUGAAAUUUGUUUGCAGCUACUAAAAAAACAUUAAAAUUAUAGCCAUCGUUAAAAAAUACCUAGAAUAUUUAAGUAUAGUGAAAAAAGUGGGAACAAUUACCACGACACACUCAAUUGAAAUUAUUAUUCAAUUACUAAAGAAUGUUAGUCAUAAAAAUAAGUAAUAAAAGGAAAGAUGAUAAGGUGGAGAGAGGUCACAUCAGAAGAAAGAGAAGCUAUAAUUUAAUGGAUAUCUUGAUUACUUUUGCGUAUAUUAUUGUUACUUCUACUUCUGAUAAGGAUGAAAAAAGCAAGUGCAGCUCCUAUUACCAAACUAGUUGUGUUGAACUCUAAACAUAAAGUCUGAACUGGAAAAGAAGCAUAAUUUUUAACACACUCUCGUUUUGUUGUGUUUAGUCAAAUUAAUUAAUUAUUUUUUGUUAGCUUAUGUACUACAACAUGUUAUUAGUUGUAAAACCCUGAUUUUAUCUUCUUCAUGAUCAUAACGCGUAAUAUAUACUGUAAUAUAUUGAGUUUGUCUUAAAAUGUUACAUGAUUGUUGUGAAAGAGAAAUAAGGGCAUGUAACGGAAUAACUUGCCGAAAAAAAGUAAAAAAGAGG